GUGGACUUUGGCUGUGUGAGGCCUGCAGCCUUCCUUAGCAGAAACCUGUGAGUUGUUCUCUGCUGGGAUGGCGGACCCAGCCAUGUGGCUGCUUCUGGCUUUCUGCAGCACUCUGUUAGGGCAGCAGGCACUGGCUGGCAGCCUCCUGGCACCCUGCAACAGCCAGAUCUACUGCACCGGGGAGCUCCUGAAACAAGUCCAGGCAGCCAAGCUCUUCAAAGAUGACAAGCAUUUUGUGGACAUGUCCCUGAAGGCCAGCCCAGAAGUGGUGCUGGAGCAAUUUUGGCAGCAAGUGAAUGCCACACCUGGAGGGACCUUGUCCAAGCAGCAGCUGGCAGCGUUUGUGGAGACCUAUUUCUCUCCUCCGGGGCAGGAGCUGGACAACUGGGUGCCUCUCGACUGGACAGACAGCCCCCCAUUUUUGGAGAAGAUUUCAGAUGAAAGGCUGCGGUCCUGGGCCCAGGCCCUCAACAGCAAAUGGAAGCAGCUGGGCAGGAAGAUGAAGCCGGAGGUCCAAACUAGCCCAGAGCGCCACUCCCUGAUCUAUGUGCCAAACCCUCUGAUUGUGCCGGGGGGACGCUUCAUUGAAUACUACUACUGGGAUUCUUUCUGGGUCAUCGAAGGCCUUUUGCUCUCCAACAUGACCACCACGGCUGAGGGCAUGAUCAGGAACUUCCUUCAUCUGGUGGAGAAAUUGGGACACAUCCCCAAUGGAGGCCGGGUCUACUAUGAGCGCCGCAGCCAGCCCCCUUUGCUCAGCCUGAUGGUAGAGAGCUACCUGAGACACACAAACAACACAGGCUUCCUGAGGAAAAACAUUGCCCUCCUAGAGGCCGAGUACCGCUUUUGGCAAGAGCAGAGGGCAAUCAACGUCUCCCUGGGGGGCCGGGAGUACUCUCUGAAUCGCUUCCACGUCCAGGUGGGGGAGCCCAGACCAGAGUCCUACAUGAAGGACGUGGAAGUGGCAGCCGGCCUGGAUGAAGGAGCCCAACAGAUGCUCUGGUCAGAGCUCCACAGUGGGGCAGAGUCUGGCUGGGAUUUCUCCUCCCGCUGGUUCUUGCCAGGGCCACCACCACUCCAGGCCACGCUGCAAGACACCAGGACCAGUGCCAUCGUGCCAGUGGAUCUGAACGCCAUCCUUUGCAGAGUCGAGAAGCUGCUGGCCUCCUUCCACCGGACUCUGGGGAACGCUGAGGAAGCCAGUCGGUUCCAGGCGGCUCAUGAAGAGCGGGCGCUUGCGAUGGAGGCUGUCUUCUGGGACAAGGAGGCUGGGAUCUGGCUGGACUACAACCUCCUGCGCCAGAGGCAUAACCAAGCCUUCUACCCAACCAACCUGGCACCUUUGUGGGCAGAGUGUGGCGUGGGUCCUUCCCAUGCAGAGAGUGCCCUCCGCUACCUUGAGAGGAGCCCAGCACUGUCCUACAGGAACGGACUGCCCACCUCCCUGGCAAACACAGGCCAACAGUGGGACCUGCCAAAUGCAUGGGCCCCCCUCCAGGACAUGGUGGUUGGAGGCCUGGCCAAGUCCUCCUCCCCCAGGGCACAAGAGCUGGCCCUCUCCUUGGCCCAGCGAUGGGUGAAGAUGAACCUGGCUGUCUACCAGAAGUACCAGAACAUGUUUGAGAAGUAUAAUGUUCAAGGUGAUGGGAAGCCAGGUGGAGGGGGAGAGUAUGAAGUGCAGGAGGGCUUCGGCUGGACCAAUGGAGUGGCUCUGAAGCUGCUGGACCUCUAUGGCGACCACCUCACUUCUGCCUCUGCUUUUCCCCUGACUGGCAUCUGGCUCUGGAUUUGCACCUGCCUCCUGCUAGCUUUGACAUAGGGACUCUCCCCAAAAGGAAUUGCAGAGCUUCUGUUCCCAAGGCUGUAUAUGAGGCAUAAAGCCAUCUUCCUGCUUA